AGGCAGACGGGAAUUUGCAUCUUCCAGCCCAGUGCUUGAUUGCCUAAAAUCAACCAAAGCCAACCUUGGGCUCGACCAGCUCCAAUCAGACGAACUGUUAUCGAAUCUACUACUUAAUCUUUGGACGCAAUGGCGCAAGCUGGAGUUCAAUCGUUGAAGUGCGUCGUGACUGGUGACGGUGCCGUUGGCAAGACUUGUCUGCUCAUCUCGUACACGACCAAUGCGUUCCCCGGAGAGUACAUCCCGACAGUGUUUGACAACUACUCUGCUAGCGUCAUUGUGGAUGGCAAACCCAUCAGUUUGGGACUUUGGGAUACGGCAGGCCAGGAAGAUUAUGACAGACUCCGGCCCUUGUCCUAUCCCCAGACUGAUGUCUUCCUCAUUUGCUUCUCCGUCGUGAGCCCGCCAUCGUACGACAACGUUGCCGCAAAGUGGCUUCCUGAGAUCACUCAUCACUCUUCCGGAACUCCCAUCAUCCUGGUUGGCACCAAGAUCGAUCUCCGAGACGACCCUGGCACCCGCGCUGCCCUGACCAAGCAGCACAUGGAGCCCGUCCGAUACGAGAACGUGCUCAACUACGUCAAGGAUGUAAACAAGACGAACAAGAUUAUCUACAAGUACAUUGAGUGCUCCGCUCUGACGCAGCGAAAUCUCAAGAGUGUCUUUGACGAGGCUAUUCGUGCGGUCCUCAACCCCACCCCUCAGGCCUCCAAGGCCAAGAAGUCCAAGUGCUCCAUCCUUUAAAAUGAAUCUACGAUGUCAGUUCGUUUGCCAUCUUUAGCAUCUCGUGCAGCGAAGACGUCUUAGCAUUUGUUUCCAACGAACGAUUUACAAUCUCGAGCCGCCGCCGCCGCCUCACGAAUCUUUUUUUCUUUUUGAGUCACCUAGAAUGGUGUGCAUUACAGAAGCUUCCUCACUGGGCCAUGUUUCGAUGAAUUUAGACGGAGAAAGUGCAUUUAAUGGAGGAUGGAGGAGCAGAUUACGAGGAUGGAGAAGAGGACCGGGGCUCUAAAAAGGAGAUUUCUUUUUUCUUUGUUUUUGUGUUUUUUUAAUGAACAUGGCUGUCCUGUGUCUUGAGAUUCCCCCCAUUUUCUCGGUACUGUUGAUAGAGUUUGCAGCAAGCCAGAAAAUGACAUUUGUUAACAGGACGGCGACGAUUCUGAUGCCAUCUUGAUGGUUCUAGAAGCUGGAAGAUGAAAAGCAGCAAGAGAAGAAAAGAAAAAGAGCAAAGAAAAAACAGUACAAACCCCAAUGGCGUCUGGUAAUUUUUUGACGAUUGUUUCUGUCUGCAUUCCAUCUGUCAUUCUCUCCAUAGACUUGAAAACGCAAUCUUAAAAGCCUUUCUUUUCGCCCCUUUAAA